AUGUUGAUCGAAUAUCCUUCAGAGUUUUUCGUGCUAUCAUCGUCUUUAGUUGGGUCUCUUGUGCCUAUUACUUCUAAUUUUCUCACAAAUAUGGGGAAUCAUGUAUCUCCCCUUCUUGUUUUGUUUCCAAUUUUGAUUACUGCAUGUAUUUGUGCUGAGUUUAUGCCAGCAGUUGUGGAAGGUCCAUCAAAAGCACCAAUUGGAUGCCAUAAACGCCUCUUCACCUAUUUAAUCACGCAGACAGACGCAAAAGGAUUAUCAUGCUCGGAUAGGAUUAAUGUGAAUGCAUGCUGGGGCAGAUGUGAUAGUAAAGAAAUUAGUGAUUGGAAGUUUCCAUUUAAGAAAUCACAUCAUCCAGUUUGUGUGCCAAAGGAACUUAAAAAAGUUGUUGCAAUUCUUGAAAAUUGUGAUCCUGAUGCAGGCAUUGAAGCAAGACGAUAUGAAUAUUUAGAACCAGUUGCUUGCAGUUGUCAAAUUUGCUCAUCAAUUAAUACAAGUUGUGAAUCACCGCAAGCGCUACAUAAAAGUUCCGUUGUGAGGCUUAUUGGACCAAAUGUUGAUGACUCUGAUAAUGAUUAUCAAUUGCAAGUUGAGAAAUAACUCUUGUCACAAAUUUUCUAUCUAAUGACAUCCUUAGUCCUCUGAUCAUCAGAUGGAAAAUGUGUAUUAUAAAGUUACAGAUAAUAUUGUAAAGUUUAUACCUUAAAAAUUAGUUAUGAUGAUGAGAAAAGUAUAACGAAUAAAUAAAUUAUGAAUCGC